AUGGCGAACCCGACCCAGGGCUCCACCCAAGGCUCCACACAGUGGUGGCAGCAGCUGCCAGUGCAGCAAAUGCCCCAGAUGACCCAGUCCCAGAUGACCCAGAUGACCCAGAUGAUGCCGAUGCAGCACACGCAGCCCGCACAGAUGCAGCAGCUGCAGCCCAUGCAGCCAGCGCUGCAGCCUAUGCAGCAAGCGCCACAGCCUGUGCAGCAGCUGCCCUUGCAGCUACCCCUACAGCAGCUGCAUCUGCAGCCAGUGCCGCAGAUGACGCAGAUGGGUUGUCCAGCCUCGGAAGUUCCGUUGGAUGGGCACUGGGCCUAUGCUAGCACGCCCGAGCAGUGCUGUGCACCCGAUGACUCCAAUGCCUUCGUGGCAGAUGAGGUUUCCACCGCCCCAUCUGAGGCGUCCCCGCGCCAUUUGGAG